GCAGUAAUUGAUUUGAUUGACACAGCCUGUUUAACGUUGAUUGGUGAACAAUGCAUGAGUAGAUGGAAGUGGUAGAACUGACAUACUAUUGCCUCUCACAGGCUCUUAUCAACGAACAUGUUGAGAUGGCUGGAUUUGGAUUCUCUUGCUGUCAAUUUCUCUCGGCAGGACACAGAUGGUGCAGUCUUCAUUGGAAGUGUAAGCUGGUUGACCAAACUCUCUGAAAAGAUAUGUGAAGAACUGACCACUCUAUUGACUCUGGCGUAGUCUUUCUUGGCUUCACAACUCCCCCCACACUUCCCUGGAAUGGAGAGAAGAUCACCUGUGCUCUCACCACUUUCACGUUGUAAACAUGGUGCACGUCAGCCCACGUUCGAUUCGUCAGAUGACGAGCUAAGUUCCGGGGAGAUAAGUACUACAAAUCCAUGGUAUCACCAAACAAGGAGAAUGAAUCCGUCAAAGAAGGAGCAUCGGUUUGGCUUUGGACGAGGUUGGUCACCUGGUCGAAAAAAGAAGAUGACUCCACGGUCACUGUCACCAGAGCCCGGGAUAUCGGGUAUCCAAGGUGAUGAUCAGUUGCUUAGAUCUGGACUGAGAAAAAGUGGCUCCAUUGAAGAUCUCAUUGCGUCCAGCCCACACUCCUCUUCCGUUCAGCGUACACCGCACCGGAAGUACAAAAAGGGACGUAUAAGAUAUGUCCUAGCUAUGACUGGUGCAAAAUUAGGUGCUACGCCUUUGAUGAAUCUUGGUGAUUCAUCUCAAAAGAUGUGUUCAGUAGGUGUUCAAACAUUAGACCCCGAGAGCUUGGAAGAACAAGAAGCUGACGUUUCAUUUUCAAGGACAGGACGGAGAUGCAGCCAAACGCAGACAGACCAGGAACUAUUGAACAAUUUACGGCAGAAUCUUGGUAAACCCGAGGUGGUGCGCUCUCAUUCUAGUAUUAAUAUAGGAAUUGAUACAGAUGUACCAAUGCCGAGUCAGUCAAACGUUGAAAAAGCCAUGAAGUGCCUGGCAGUAGGAAGUCUAGACACAGCAAAAGAUAAGUACAGGUACAAUGAAGCUGGUCGCUCUGUGGACGAAGUGAUGCUUCCUGCCAAAAAUGUUGGUAAUGAGAGUAUGGAUAAGAGUAGUGAUUAUUAUUCUAUGUCAAUAGGGUCACUGUCGUCGGCUAAUUUAUUAAACCUGGACGGAGAUAUACCUCAUACGUUACCGUCCUUGGAUUAUCUAAGUCCGUAUGACACCGAUUAUCGGCGGAGUAUCGGGAGUCGUAAAUCUAGCACUGGUGAUUCUGCGGUGGAUAUGCGGAUGCCGCUAUCUGAUGAUGACCAUUCUGAUGCUACGACCAUCCCCGAUAAGGACUUUGAACGUCGCCACUCCAAUGCAACUCUCACCUUACCAGACAAUCGAAUCUCGCACCGCGUGUCUUUUUGUAACGUUCAAACGCCGUCCUUUACGACAAUCAGUAAUUACGUCCCGGCACCACCUUCGGUGGUGAUAAGUGAUUAUAGCAGUCCAGCUGACAAUCAGUAUUCACAAGCCACUCCCUCUUUUGACUUUACGGAGAACACGAAGAAAAAUCGACUUUGUGUGUCACCGUUGAGCGAUGUUGGUAGUAGUGCAGGCAGUGGGAGCGACUACAGUGAUGCACAGGAGAGACCAAUAUCCGAGAGUGGAUCAUCCAGGAAGUCGUCAUGGUCGGAAGGCUCAUCUUUCUGCUCCGUUGAUGAGGAUGAGGUCACAGACCCAGAGCUACCGUCAUCGUCAAUCAGGAGAACAUCGUCGAAAAAGACCAGCUCCUGGAGAAAAAUCCGUAAUGUCGUCCACUGGUCACCGUUCGUCCAGCAGUUCAAGAAAUACCGCUAUCCAUGGGUACAGCUAGCAGGACACCAAGGCAACUUCAAAGCUGGUGAACAGGGAACCAUAUUAAAGAAGUUGUGUAGCCGUGAGCAGAAGUGCCUUCAGACGUUAAUGACCGAUGUCUUACGGCCGUACGUUCCAGAGUAUCUUGGCAUCGAUGAAAGACAGGGCGAAACUUACAUCCAGAUGCAGGACCUGCUCUGUGAGUUCCGAACACCGUGUGUGAUGGACUGUAAGAUAGGAGUGAGGACGUACCUGGAGGAGGAGUUACAGAAGGCCAGGAAGAGCCCUCAACUCAGGAAGGAUAUGUAUGACAAAAUGGUCGAGAUUGACCCAGACGAACCAACGGAUGAAGAAAGGCAGCAACUCGGUAUCACAAAACCCCGAUACAUGCAAUGGAGAGAAACGACAAGUUCCACAUCGUCACUAGGAUUUAGGAUAGAAGGCAUUAAGAAACAAGACGGCUCGUCAUCGAAGGAUUUCAAAACCACAAAAACCAAAGACAAAGUGAAAGAACACCUUCAGUACUUCACCAGCAAUAACAAAAAUGUACUGAGUACCUAUAUCCGCCGAUUAAAAGUAUUGCGAGCAACCAUGGAGAGUUCAGAGUGGUUUCAAAGAAACGAGGUUAUUGGUAGCUCUCUGUUGUUUGUGCACGAUGAUUCCGAGAGGGCGUGCGUCUGGAUGAUCGACUUUGGAAAAACUGUCAAACUGCCUGAAAAUGUCUAUGUGGAUCACCGUUCACCCUGGGUGGAAGGAAACAGAGAGGAUGGCUACCUCUUCGGCGUAGAUAACCUAAUCGACAUCUUUGAAGAAACCAUUCGAGAGGAAUCGGAAGACUAGGUGGUGCCAUCUGUAGGCAGAGCAUUUAAUCAAGAUGAAUUUUUUUCAUAACGGGAGAUCAUUUAAUCUGCUGAUGAUUAAAGGAAACCUCUCACUAAUCAUCAUCCACUUUCGAAGCUAAAAGUUAUCAAGAAAAGAGUUUCUACCAAAAGUGAUUACCUAGCCAUUUGAGUAAUUACCCAUUCUGAAAACUGUUUUAUGAGAGGUUUCCCUUAAGAAACAUUGUAAACUGGUAAUGUUGUUGCACAAUGCAAAACUUUCGUGAAUAUGCUCUUAAUAAAAAAAGAAAUAAAAUAGUCAUAACAUUAACCAGUUUACAGUAUUUGUUCAGCAUAUGUAGUUCAGGGCUGGUAUGAUGUCAGCAUUUUGGAAUAAUCAAAACGGGUGGGGACGAGGGGGAGUGAGUAAGCUACUGUAAGCUGGGCAAUUUUCUUGUGCGUCUUAAUCUUGGGGCCAGCUAAGUUCAUGAAAGCCAAUGAAGAUGUGAUUAAUAUAAAACCACUAACUGCAGAAGCGGCAACUAUUUUCUGAUUUCCGGUAAUCUUUUGAGUUGCAUAGUUGCAGGGAAGAGAGUGGCUAUUGCUGUGGUUGAAAGUUGUUGAAACUUUAGUUGGUUUGAGAUGAUGUGUUUGGUUCACGAAGAUACACCUGUAUCAUGAUAAGAGUUCACAGACUGAUGAAGAUCUUCGGAAGGACUUAUUUCAUGCUUUCGAAAAAUUCUUCCUUCAGUUUCAUAAUAUUUGUGAGAUUUAAGCUGAUUUCUAAGCUAUAAUUAAUGUUAUGUAUUUAAAGUAUCAAAUGUAAAUAGUAAAAUAUGCAAUUUAUUAACUAAUUCUGGGCAACUCGCCAGCAUCAGUUUGGAAAAAUUGAAGAAAUUGUCGAACUCUUGUUCAAGAGGUGAAGGCCUGGGGAGUGAGUGCCCCAGCAUAAUACUUAUUCCAAACGACCAAUUUCUCACUUAAUGUUUCAAAUUGUUUUCCUCCAUUCAUGCAUGUAUUUUGAUUUCUUGUCCAGAGUAUUUUGAUGUUGCACGACUUCAAAAUUCCAUUGUAUACUGAAGGUCAAAUUCAUCACUUGAGUAUUAAAAGCGACACAAAUUUUGCAAAAGUUGUUCAUGUUUUCAGUAUGUAGUAGACAUUUAUAUCAUAACCUUAUAACUCUUAAUGAAAUUUUGGGAGCAUGACGUCACAAUGAAGUGGCGAUGUGUUUUCUUGCUUUAGGUGAGUUGUACUUGUGUGAAAUUGUGAUAAAACUGCACUACCAAAAGCUUAGACAAUUUCUUGUCGCUAGGCUUGCAGAUAGUGCACAAGUGUACAGUAACGCCUACAUUUGAGUUUUAACAGUCUUCAAAGUUUCAUUCACGAAGCGUUUUGAUGUUUAUCUCUCUAAUGCUACGUUAUUAUCUUUUAUAAAGAAUUAUUAUUACAAAUUGUAUAUUUUUUCACUCUCUGGGUGUACAAUAAGUUUCUAUGUUCUGUUUAAUGACUUUCAAUGUCUUGUUGGUUAAAAGCGCAUGUUGUCAUUCCAUGAGGAGACAUUCCAGUUGUUUCUCUGUUUAACAAAACUGAACUCUUGUAGUAAAGUAAAGUGAAUACUGCUUAUUUUCUGUAUCCACUUUCAUUUUGCACCCAAGUGUUUGUCCUGUCGGAAAUGGUCAGAGUCCACUGCAGUGAUAGUAUAAACUGAAUCGAGGGCCAGGGUUUGGGGUAAAGUGGGUUUCCAGCUUAAAAUAAGAAUAGAUAACAGAAAUAUGAUUACGAAUACAUUGGGAGCGUGUCGUGACCAGGUAAAGGUAUGAUUACUAAUGACCAUGUAUAUAAUUGAAAAAUCCAGUUGUGAUAUUAGAUGAUAAUUAGAAAUUCAGGGAGAAAGUUAUCUGAUUUGAAAGUUUUGAAAUAGGACUUGGCUGCCAUUCAAAGGAAUAUUGUGUCAAUACAUGUGUAGUGGGGUUCACAACCUGUUAUCUUUCUCAUUGGUGGUGUUUUUCAAAACUAGCAGUUCUGAGGUAAUUCUGAUAGCUUUGUGUAAACUUUUCCUGUCUUAAAGACUUAAUAUUGUGUAAAUUGAAAGGUAUGUUUUCAAAUCGGGAACUGAUGGAAAAUAUGGAAUAAAACAUAUUCGUUGCAA